AUGCCGCCGCAGCGCGAGCCCCCAAGACCGCCCCCACCGGCUGUCAUCGAAGCCGAGAUGCAAUGGAUUUUCACGGAAGAAGAACUACUACUGGCACCAUCCAUAACCGAUGGGAUGCCCGCUGAAGAGGAGCGCACGCUGCGACGGAAAGGCGUCGGCUUCAUUCUACAAGUCGGCAUGAUGCUCAAGUUACCACAAACCACUCUCAGUACGGCGGCAGUCUUUUUCAAUCGCUAUCUGAUGCGAAUGAGCUUGAAGCCACGGCCAGGGUACAAGCCGCUUCACCAUUAUCAAAUCGCCGCAACCGCGUUAUUCCUCGCUACGAAAGUCGAAGAAAACUGUCGUAAAAUGAAAGAACUCGUCGUUUCAUGCGUCCGAGUCGCGCUCAAGGAUCCCAAUAAGCUCGUCGACGAGCAGACAAAAGACUUUUGGAAAUGGCGGGAUACAAUCCUGUACAGCGAAGACGUCCUACUCGAGGCCCUGUGUUUCGACCUCAACGUCGAGUCACCAUACAAGACCAUGUACGACAUGAUGAAGUACUACGGAGUCGAGCACAACAAGAAACUGCGCAACUCGGCCUGGGCUUUUCUCUCCGAUUCGACAUCCACACAAAUGUGCCUGCUGUUCACGUCGCGAGCCAUCGCCGCAGCAUCCUUGUAUGCCGGCGCACGCAUGGCUGAAGUAGAGUUAGGGGACGACGAUGGCAAACCGUGGUGGGAAAUACAACAUGUUCAAUUACGCGACAUUAGGAGGGCAUGCAAUCUCAUGGCGGAUCUGUACGAGAAGUCGCCAGACAAAGAUGGAGAGCCGUCCAUGUACGCUGGGCUCAGGACACCAGAGGAUGGCAUCGAUUUUGGUGACACACCUGAGGGUAUGGAAGGUGUACAAACAACCAGCCAUAGCCAGCCUCCUGCUAAUGGUACGGGCGAUGGUAACGCGACGGAGAGGGGCAGCGAAGAGGGUGAAUUGGAUGGCUAG